AUGACAAUUGUGGAGCAACACUUUAAGGUCUCGAGCGGCGCUGACAAGCUCGCCGACAAGGCUCAGCAGGGUGCUGACGACGUCGCCCCCAAGAGCGAGGGCCAGACCCUCCUCGAGCAGGGCCAGAAGCUCUUCAACGACACCACCUCGUACGUCCAGAAGCAGGCCGGCCAGGUCUUCGGUGAGGGCAAGGAGGCCACCGGUGCCGGUGCUGGUGCUGGUACCGGCGCCGCCGCCGGCUCGGGCUCUGAGCGCUCGGUCACCGACCAGGCUCGCCAGUACGCCUCGGACGCUCUUAACAGCGUGAGCGAGCUCCUCCAGAAGGGUGGUGACAAGGCCAACGCUGCCUCGCAGGACGCUGCCAAGCCCGACGGUACUGCCGCCUCGUACGUCGAGCAGGCCCGCGCUGCCGCCAGCGACCUUCUCCAGAAGGCCCAGGAGCAGCUCAACUCGGGUGCCAGCGCCACCGGUGCCGCCGCCAAGUAA